CUCCUUCCCUUCAGGAACUGCAUCGUGUAGGGAUAAUGCCUUACGAGCGACACUGCGGCGGGCAAAUGCAGCUCGCGUGGACUCGCCAUCCUUUCGGUGCUUUUUUGCACGUAAUCCAGAGGAAUUGAGGAGACAGACGUUUACAUGUUUUACGCAAAAAUGAGGGAAAAUGACAGAACUGCACUAUGUUUCUUGUUGAUACUUGCGUUAUGUACGAGAGUAUAUUCGACGAACGCCAGACACAUAAUUGCUAAGAGAAAUUAUAGUGACCAAAGUGUAAGAGGCUAUCUGGCGGAGAGGACCUGUUGGUGGAACGAGGUAUGCAAGGAAGAAUUUCAUAGUAAGUUUCGAUGCCGUUGCCCAAGAUGGUCUUAUUGCCGUGCGCCAGGGAGAUAUUAUGAUGCGCAUUGCAGCAUGACACGCACAGGCUACAUAUGGACCCAACCGGAAACCUCGUUGAGCCUCGAAAUCGAUAAGUAAACGGCGCCGUGGAAAGCUAAACCUAAAAAAAAGUAUGGCAUUACAAAGGAAAUCAAAUUUUUCCCCUGUAAAAUCAAAAUCGGCAAUUGUUAGAAUUUCCGCAGAUUGUUUACUCAUCGGAUUAAAUAUAUGAUGUGAUUGUUCAAAAUGUAAUUUUCUAUUAGCAAUUUUAUUUGAGAAAAAAAAUGGAAAUUCGUAACAUAUUCAAAGAAUGGUGUUCGAAAGACUUGAGAGCAAUAUAAUUUGUAUCAGCACAUCGAUGAACACGCUGCCAAGAAUUUAUAAUUAUUGCGUUAUAAAUAUAUAAUAAUAUAUAAGCUCGUUGUGAUUAAUAAAGUUCUGAUGAAGUAA